GUUGGGGGACCUGGUGGACUUUGUGGUGUGCCUGGGCGGCGACGGCGUGAUCCUGCACGCGGCCUCGCUGUUCAAGCGCGCGCUGCCGCCGGUGCUGAGCUUCCACCUGGGCAGCAUGGGGUUCCUGGCCAACAACGAGUUAGACAGCUUCAGGAAGGACCUGCGGGGG